GUCUGCUAAAUACAUUCAAGACUCUUUCCAGUCCCUUUUCCGACUUUGUUCAGUCAAGUUCAACAAAAUUUGAUUCUUCAAAAAAUUACUCGUUCCCUAAACGUCAGAAGGAAGCAUCAUGUCCAAUCUAUACAAAGAUAUAAAGGCCGAAUGGAGCAAACGAGCCCCGAAUCUUCUGCGCUGUGGUCAACUUUUGGGCAUUUUCAAGCUGGAGAUUCUUGGAGGAUUCUUGAUGCCCCAUGAGAUGUCAAAGUCCAACCCCCAGCAGAAGGAUCAACUGGUGAGGUCCCGCGAUGUGCUGGAGAUCGCAGUGGAGCACAGCAUCACCGUCAAGGACUACGCAGCCUUUGAGCGGUACAUGGCCCAGCUGAAAAUGUACUACUACGACUACGACAAGUUCCUGGAACCCUCACAGGAGAUGCACAAGAUGAUUGGUCUGAGCCUGCUCUAUAUGCUGGCCACAAAUCGCAUUGCCGACUUCCACAUCGCACUCGAGCGACUGCCGUCGGCCCUGCUGCUCCAGGAUCGCUUCAUCAUGCCCGUGCUGGCCCUCGAGAACUACUUCAUGGAGGGACGCUACAACAAAAUACUGGAGGCCAAGAAGUCCUUGCCUUCGGAGAUCUAUGGCAACUUCAUGGACAUGCUGGUGCUCACGGCCCGCGAGGAGAUUGCCUCCUGCAUCGAGAAGUCCUACCUGAAGAUGACCCCCAAGCAGGCGGCACAGCGUCUGGGCCUUCGUGCAGGCGGAAAGGAGCUUCUGGAGUUGGUCGAACGCCGCCACUGGACUUUGGAUGCUCAGGGGAACUACGAUUAUGCCGCACUAAACAUCAAGCCCAAGGAUGAGGUUCCGGCCAACGAUAUAGCCACACAUAAUUUAUCCUAUGCCACUGAGCUAGAGAAAAUUAUUUAAGGAGGAUAGGCAACAGGAUAGCGGGCUUUCAUCCUCGUUUUGGUUUGCUUCCUCAGAAAUUUGUCAAUACAUAUUUUCAGGCAAAUUUUCUGUCAUGACAUUUUAUGUUUCUAAACAUUUUGUGCACCAUUGCAGGGCAGGGAAUUUCUGUUCUAAGGCAUCCCCUUCAGAAUUUCGACUCUCA